AUGAAAGAAGAUAAACUAUCACAAAGUGAAGUUAUUCCUCCAGAUUCAUGGAAUACAGUUGUAGAUAGUAUUACUAAUCCUAACGAAAUUCAAUGGAAAGAUAUGAAUACAUCAGCACGUAUAAAACAUGUCGUUGUAUUAAUUACUAAAUUUAUCGGCUUAUUAUUAUUAUUAUAUACUUUUGUAUGUUCACUUGAUAUAAUGAGUUCAGCAUUUCGACUUGUUGGUGGUAAAAUAACUGGACAAGCAUUUACAGAAGGUGCUGUUCUUUCGAAUCCUAUUGCUGGUCUUAUGCUUGGAUUAUUAGCAACUGUAGUUGUUCAAAGUUCAUCAACAUCAACAUCUAUUGUUGUUUCAAUGGUUUCAUCAUCCAUUCUACCAGUUAGAAGAGCAAUUCCAAUAAUUAUGGGAGCUAAUAUUGGUACAUCGGUAACAAAUACAAUCGUUGCAUUAACACAAUCAAGUCGAAGAGAUGAAUUUCGUCGAGCUUUUGCUGGUGCUACAGUUCAUGAUAUGUUCAAUUGGGUAACAGUUAUUAUUUUAUUACCAUUAGAAAUUGUAUCAGGUGUAUUAUUUCAUCUGACGGAGGUUAUUACUCGAACAAUUAGUCUUGAUAGAAAAGCAAGUACAAAUCCACAAUUUUUAAAUGCUUUAACAAGACCAUUAACACAUCGAAUAAUUCAAUUAGAUGAAAAAGUCAUUCAAAAUAUAGCAACUGGAUCAGUAGAAACGGAUCUUUCACUUGUUAAACGUUAUUGUUCAUAUAAGAAUAUAACUGAUGAGAAUAAUACAUCAAUUCUACUUCCACAAGAACAUUGUGGAUUUUUAUUUGCAACAGUUACAUGGCCAGAUUGGGGAAUUGGCAUUCUUCUUCUUGUUCUUUCAUUAUUAUGUCUUUGUACAUGUCUUGUUUUACUUGUUAAAUUACUUCAAUCAAUGCUGAAAGGAACAAUUAGUACAAUUAUACAUAAAACAGUCAAUGCUGAUUUUCCUGGUAUUUUUCAUCAUUUAACACCAUAUUUAGCUAUUGGAGUUGGAUGUAUAUUUACGAUACUUGUACAAAGUAGUUCAAUAUUUACAUCAACUUUAACACCACUUGUUGGCCUUGGAAUUAUAUCAAUAGAACGAAUGUAUCCAUUUACAUUAGGUUCAAAUAUUGGCACAACAAUAACUGGUAUGAUGGCAGCAUUAACAGCAACAACAGCUCAAGAACUACGAAAUUCAUUACAAAUUGCUUUAUGUCAUACAUUUUUUAAUAUUUUCGGUAUUCUUCUUUGGUUUCCAAUACCAUUUAUGCGUAAUAUACCAAUCAGCUUAGCUAAAAAAUUAGGUGCAAUAACAGCGGAAUACCGAUGGUUUGCUAUUGUUUACAUUAUUGCAUCAUUCUUUGUUAUACCUUCAAUUAUUUUUGCUAUAUCUCUUGCUGGAUGGUAUGUAUUUAUUGGUGUAUUUGGUCCAAUUGUAUUGAUUAUUUUAAUGGCUAUUGUUAUUAAUCUUCUACAAACUCAUUCACCAAAAUUUUUACCACAUCGAUUACAAACAUGGUCAUGGUUACCGAGACCAUUUCAUACAUUAAGUUGGUAUGAUGAAUAUAUAUUUAAUCAUCGACAACGAUUAAUAUGUUGUAAACAACAAGAAUCAAAACAAACCGUAGUAACAAUCAAUGACAAUAGAGAAAAUAAAUGUGGUCAUACAAAUGAAACAUUUGAUGAUUUUGAUAGAUUAUCUGGUAUUAGUAGUCGUCUCUAG